AUGGAAAAGCACCGUGUUGUACUAAGAGUCUAUCCUCUUGGAGAUGAGGCAAUAAGAAGAUUCGUUGCGUCGAAGUUAGGGAAGGAGGAAGUUCAGAUAUGGCACACAUCAAUCGAGGUCUACGGGGCAGAAUAUUACUUCCAAAAUGGAAUAAUGAAAGCACUUCCCGGAUCUACUAUCCAUGGCACACCUAUAAAGACCCACGACCUCGGAACCACAGACAUCCCCGAGAUCGUGUUCGAGGACUUUCUUCACUCCAUAGCAGACGAUUUUGCCCCUCAUAAGUAUCACCUACUCAAAAACAACUGCAACAAUUUCACAAACACACUAGCAUUAUAUCUGGUUGAAAAGGCCAUUCCGGGAUACAUCCUUGAGCUCCAGAAUGCAGCAUUAGAGUCUAAGGAGGUGUCGUCAAUUGUUGAUCUGUUCUUUGGAGCCUCCGAACAGGUGUGA